AUAGUGUAAAGUCGGGAGCUCCAAGGCAGAUUGGGUGCUCAAUCUUCUUCAAAUUUUGGUGCCUCUCUCUCUCUCUCUGUAAUCGAUCUUCGUAAUCGACCUUUGGCCGGUCAAAUUACACGCACUACAAUCUGAAUUGAUGAGGUUGAGAGCUCUGUUUCUGCUCCUACGGAUGGACAAAACACCUGUGGUCUAACAAUGGUCCAAGCACCCUCCGAUAUGGUCUAGCAUCUAUCCCUUUUUCACACCAAACUAUGAGUGUGCAAUCUCUCUCUCUCUAGCGCAGGACAGAGAAUCGCGAGCUUUAGGUUUUCUUCACAUUCUACAGAGCAAUGGAGACACCUGGGAAGUCCUUCAAUCCAAACAAGCACUUAAAAGAGCAAUUUGUGAGCAAUUUGACUGGAUCUUCCAUGCUUGAAGUCAUCGCUCUUGCGACUGCUGUACCUGCUCUGAUUUUUCUGCGACAUUGUUUCUGCUCCGCUGACAAACAAGAUCCUAAUACCAUGAAGAUUUCACUGAAAAAGAAUGAUGACGUAAUUGUUGCUUUCAAGAGUUGGAGGGACUACAUGGCACUAAUGAUUACGGAUUUUCUAUCAAUUGUUCUUCCCAUACUUCUAUUUUUCACUGUUCUAUCAGAAUGGACUUGUUUAUGUGCAGUAUUGCUGAUAUUGUUACUGAUUUUCUCUAUUGUAGCUAAAAGACAUAGAGCUCCUCUUUAUGUGGAAGACGAAUUUGGUUCUCUUAGGACAAAUAUCUCGUCGUACAGGGUUUCUAUAAUGAUUGUAACAUGCUUGUGUAUUUUGGCUGUGGACUUUAAAAUAUUUCCUAGAAGACAUGCAAAAACUGAGACUUAUGGUACUAGUUUGAUGGAUCUUGGGGUAGGCUCAUUUGUUUUGGCAAAUUCAUUAGUUUCACGACAAGCUCGGGGUUUCUCAACAUUGAAAUUGAGAAACGCACUUCAAUCUACUAGUCCUCUUAUUAUUCUAGGGAUAGCUCGACUUGUUUCCACAGCACAUGUAGACUAUCAGGUCCACGUGGGCGAAUAUGGAGUGCACUGGAAUUUCUUUUUCACACUUGCUGCUGUAUCAAUCCUAACAUCAAUAAUUAACGUUCCCCCAAAAUAUUCUGGGGUUCUUGGUUCAUUGAUUCUUGUAGGAUACCAAGCUGGCUUGAUGUAUGGUUUAAAUGUUUAUUUGCUUUCUAAUGAAAGAGGAACAGACAUAAUUAGCCAAAACAAGGAGGGAAUUUUUAGCAUAUUUGGAUAUUGGGGUAUGUAUCUUGUUGGUGUCCAAUUGGGCAGCUAUCUUUUCUUUGGAAACUCUAGGCAAGUGUCGAGAUCCAAUAAAUGGGCAAGAAUUAGAGUCUGGAUUCUCUCUUUUUUGUUUUGGUUAUUAGCUAUGCUUCUAGACAGGAAUGUGGAAAGAGUUUCACGCCGAACGUGCAAUAUGGCUUAUGUCACUUUUGUACUGGCUCAAAAUCUCCAGGUCUUAGCAAUCCUCAUGUUGUCUUAUUACAUCCCCGGACAUAAGAUUUCUGUGCUGGAAGAAGCAUUCAACCGAAAUCAACUGGCAUCAUUUCUUCUGGCAAAUUUGCUCACAGGGUUGGUAAACUUGUUUGUUGAUACCUUGUUUGCUUCAUCAUUCUCAGCCCUCGCUAUAUUGGUUGUAUAUAUGUUUAUUCUAUCCCUUCUUGUUGGUUUUGCCGACUUUUAUGGCAUUAAGUUGAAAUUUUGGUAAAGUGGAACUUUUAUCUAGUGUAUAUAACUUUCCUUUCGAUUCGACAAGAUCCAAAUUUUGGUAGGGUGGGCCUAUUGCUGGUCAUGUGUUUCACAUUGUAUGUUUAGAAAUCAAAGGGAAACAAAUUUUCUACUUUACUUUCCAUGAAUAUUCAUGUGCUCAGCAUUCAGCAAUAGUGUUCAUGGAAGAUCUCUACCCUGAAAAUGAGGUAGGUGGCUGCUAUCUGUCUGAAGGUUCUAUAGAGGGCAAUAUACUUUUCUCCUCUGUUCUAUUUUUGUUUUCUUUUGAUGUAUGAAUCAUGUAACGUAAAUAAUACGCUUGACAUAAAUUCAUACCCAAGCAUGUAUAUGUAGGAGUUUACAAAUAUGCAUAAAACUGUUGGGUAGUGUAACAAUGGUAUUUUUGGUA